UUUGAGUAAAACCUUCAGUUUAGUUUUGCAGCUGCUCUCCAACAUGGCAUCCAUCUGUGUAAAAAUGAUCCACUCUACCUAUGAGAGCGGAGGAACGGGAAGCCCCUCUAACCCCUUGAAGUUCAAAAAUCAAGACUACAAGAAGCUGAAGAAGGCUCUGCUCGGUAAGGGCCAGCUUUUCCAGGAUGAAGAGUUCCCAGCAAACCUCGACUCUCUAGGAAACCUAGAGGAAAUCACAGAGGAGGAACUCGAAGAGGUGCAGUGGCUUAGACCUCGCGAUCUUAAUCGUGAUGCUGCUUUCAUUGUGGAUGGGCUUUCAAGGUUUGAUUUCAAACAAGGAGGAGUUGGAAACUGCUGGUUCCUUUCAUCCAUCGGGUCGCUGACUCUUUGCAAAUCGUUGUUGAUGGAAGUGGUUCCCCAGGAUCAAAACUUCAAAGAUGGUUACGCAGGAAUAUUUCACUUCAGGUUCUGGAGAUUUGGAAAAUGGGUGGACGUUGUCAUAGAUGACUUGCUGCCAACUCGAGACAGGAUACCUGUGUCAGUGUCCUCCAGGUCUGGAGACGAGUUCUGGGCACCACUACUGGAAAAGGCUUAUGCAAAGCUUUGUGGAUCUUAUGGAGACAUGAUUGCUGGCCUCAAUUCUGAAGCCUUCAAGGACUUCAGCGGAGGCUUGAACAUGAACUACAAUCUGUCCAAAAACCAGCCUUACCUGUUCGACGUUAUGAAACGAGCCUUCCAAUGCAACGCCAUGUUAGGAUGUGGGACGUUUGGUGGGGAGAAAGGAAAGAAGUUUUUUAAGGAGUUUGGUCUGGUGGACGGACACGCCUUCGCUGUGACUGGAGUCAAGCAGGUGGAGAGCCGAGGAAAAAAGGUGAAGCUGGUGAGGAUCUGGAACCCCUGGGGUAAGAGGGAGUGGACCGGAGACUGGAGUGACAAGUCGGUGCUGUGGAGCACUGUGAGCAGUGAGGUCCGGGCCAAGUGUGUGGAAGUGAAAGAUGAUGGAGAAUUCUGGAUGAAGAUGGAGGACUUCUGUGUCUAUUAUGAGGAAAUGGACAUUUGUUGCGAGAGUCCCAACUUUGUGGAUGGUGACCUAGAGAGUCAGUGGAUCUGUUCACAGACAGAAGACCGCUGGGAGGAAGGCAAAUCUGCUGGGGGCUCAGAUAGUGAAACAAGUGAGUUUUGGACAAAUCCACAGUAUCGUCUCAGGUUGAAAGAAAAUAAAGGAGGGAUCAAUGUCCUGCUGUCUCUGCUGCAGAAGCCUGAUGAAGAACAUCGCAGCAAAGUUCAAUAUCAUCAGAUGGGCUUCUUCAUCUACAAGGUGCCACCAGAGGCUCCUGAAGGCCAACUUCCAUCCUCACUCUUUGAGGGCGCUUCACCCGUAUCUGUCAGUAAGUUUGCUGCAACAAGGGAAAGGAUCAAGUUGUACAGCUUGCCUGCAGGGGAGUACUUGAUCAUUCCCUGCACAAUCGAGUCCAACAUGACUGCAAGCUUCAUCAUCACCACCUACUCCAAGGAACCAGUUAAGAUGGUGCGAGGACAUCAGUAAUUCUAUGAUAAUACUUCUUUCACACAAUAUGUGGUGUCCUGCUUUUCCUCAAAUUCGUUUUGAGUUACUUUUUUUGCGCUUACAUUGCUAUAAAUCUACCAAUGUCAUUAUCUUAAGAAAUAAGAUUUCAUGAAUGUUUAUCUGCAUCAGUCUUUAAAUUGGUAAUAAAGCAAAAACAACUAUAUGUAAUAAAUAAAUACAUAAAGAAA